GCGCCAGUGGCGCCGCGUUCAGCAAGGCCGUAUAAAGUCAAUUGUAUAUUUCAGGAGUUUUCCAUCAAAAUUGAUCCAAAAACUAUGUAUAAUUCUCAAAAAGAUCGACAAGCAGUCCAAGUGCACCGCGUUCCGUCGCUCCGGCCACCCUCCAGUUCCGUUUUCUCAGUGCUUUGAGUGCGGGAACGAACAAUUUGACCAAAAGUCGAUUGUCAGGGUGUACCUAUCGAGUAGUUUUUAGGAGCUCCGGUAGAGCUUCCUGAUAAAACUAUAGAAUAUUAGCCAGGUUCUAUUUUUAAAAUAUGCCUGUGUAGUUUUGUGUUGUGUUACUACAAAUAUUUGUGCCUGUCUAAGCACAUACGCCUAUUUUUGAAAAUCGUCAAGUAAAAAUAACUAGCGUGUCCAUAGGUCCAUAAAGAUAGGAUAUCAGGAGGCCAUUUUUUUAGUCUGUAUAUUAAAAAAUAACGCCAAUUUUCUCGUUAAUAAACAAACUGUGGUUGUUCGCCUUUUUUUGUGUAUCGCAACAAUACCGCAGCAUGUCAUUAGGACAACAACGUCAGGUAGCAGAGCAUGAAUGGAUACAACUUGUCAAGAUUUGAUGGUCAUUCGAAUCGACGUUAUGGAACUGUCUCACUGGGUUCUCAGGGAAUAAGUACUUGAUAACCAGCCACGGUGGCGUCGGGUCCAGAGUGUGGCCCUGUGGCCGCCGACAAGGGGGCCGAUUGCUGGUGGUCCCCUCUGGCGGCCAUGGGCUGCUUCGGGAACAGGGACGCCUCCUCCCAGGCGUCCGAAGAUAUCCGGUCGCAGAAAAGGAUCUCCGACCAAAUUAACAGGCAACUAGCCAAAGAGAAGGUGGUGUACCGGGCAACUCAUAGGCUGCUGUUAUUGGGCGCGGGAGAAUCCGGUAAAUCGACAAUCGUCAAACAAAUGCGCGUGUUGCAUUCGAACGGAUUCAGCGAGAAAGAGAAGAAGCAAAAGACGGAAGAUAUCAAAGUCAACAUUAAGGAAUCUAUUAUUACAAUUUUAGAGGCAAUGAACGCAAUAAAUCCGCCAGUAAGCUUAGAGAAACCGGAGAAUAAAGAAAAACUAGACUGGGUAUUGAGUAUGAAGAACGACCCGAAUUUCGAAUAUACAGAUCAAUUCUAUGACUAUGUAGAGGCUCUCUGGAAGGAUAAAGGUGUUCAGGCUACCUUCGAAAGGAGCAAUGAGUAUCAAUUAAUAGACUGUGCAAAAUACUUCCUGGACCGAGUUAGUAUAGUAAGACAGCUGAACUACUCGCCGUCGCAGCAGGAUAUGCUGCGCUGUCGUGUACUUACCAGCGGCAUCUUUGAAACGCUCUUCCAAGUUGACAAGGUCAACUUCCAUAUGUUUGACGUGGGCGGUCAGCGCGACGAGCGGCGGAAGUGGAUCCAGUGCUUCAACGACGUGACGGCGAUCAUCUUCGUGACGGCGUCUAGCUCGUACAACAUGGUGCUCAGGGAGGACCCGACGCAGAACCGGUUGCGCGAAAGCCUCGACCUGUUCAAGUCCAUCUGGAACAACAGGUGGCUGCGCACCAUAUCCGUCAUACUGUUUCUCAACAAGCAGGAUCUGCUCGCUGAGAAGAUUCUGGCGGGUAAAAGUAAACUAGAAGACUAUUUUGCGGAAUUCGGACGGUAUCAGCUGCCUGCCGGUGUGAUGAAUGAUGCAAAUGAUCCACCUGAAGUUUUCAGAGCCAAGUACUUUAUAAGAGAUGAGUUCCUGCGUAUCAGCACGGCGUCCGGCGAAGGUAAGCACUACUGCUACCCGCACUUCACGUGCGCAGUGGACACCGAGAACAUCAAGCGGGUGUUCAAUGACUGCCGCGACAUUAUACAGCGCAUGCACUUGCGCCAAUACGAGCUGUUAUAACCAUUCAUCGGAUGCGGCUGCGGCGCGAUGGCGACGCGAUGCGACUAACGUGGAUAUAGACUGCCGGUGGCGGCUGAUGUCCGAUGGAGACACAGCACGCGAUGGAGCCAUAAGCUGAUCGUUGAGGUAGGGGAGUGGACAAAGCUUGUAUGGAGGUUCGACAGGAUAUAUUAAGGAAUCGAAGUUGCGGAAGCUUGCAGGUCAAUCAGGUUUCUCAAAAAUCGAGGGAUAUUGUAUUUAUCCAGGUAUCCGUGAUGCAGCUAUUGUGAGGAUAUGUUAUUUAUUGCCAUUUGUACUAUAUGUCACAUCUAGUUGCUACUUGCUCUUGCUGUUCCUCCUGAAGAAGGAGGGUCAUACCCAAACUUGACAUUUUUUAUAGCAGUUCCUGGUAUUGGUGGCUAAUAGGACCCACUUGAUUCAGGCUGCGGCCUGGCGAUGCUUCCGUAAAAUGUAAAAAAAUGCUCUUGCUGCGUUGUUGAGUUUUUGGCAGAUAUCAAAUAGUCAAAUUUUGUAUCAUGGGAUGUUCCAGGUGCUAAGUGGAAUAGAAAUAGUUUAUAAUAAAACAGCUGAUAAGUAUGUCAUGUCAGCCUUGCAUGGAUCACUGUUUCCGAUAUUUUUCAAGUGAGCACCUAAAGCGGAAAUGGGUAAAAGUGACUGCUUGGGGACACUCGAAGUUAAUGCUGAAGAACAUUCAAUUUCUGAUACAACAAAACAUUAAAAUUAAGUUUGAAAGAAGUAUGUAGUAAGAGGACGGACCACAUACUUUUCAGAGUACUCCUACAGUUGAGUGCCAAACAUGUUAAGAUCAGACAAUUAUAUUCCAGGUGGUAUCUUUUUGAGAAAUCUAGACGAAAAGCAGGAACAGCAUCUAUUAGCGAACUUAUCUAGUUCCUUUGAAAUCAAAUAAAAGUCAAUUUGGCUGUCAAGCACUCACGUUUUGUUCAUGAAUUGGGCGCGUUAAACUCAACUAAAGUGAAGUCACUUCAAAUAAUCGUAAAUAUCAGCAAUAGAAACUGGUGUAUUAUUUGCAGCACAUAUUCUCCUAUUCCUAUUCUCACCCGACCAAACAUUGCAAUGACGUAAAUCGCAUUGCUUGCAGCCAUUUGUACUAGACCUGUACCGUACCGAGGAGCCCUAAUAAGGGCGAAACAGUGCUGUCUACGGUUGGUUGAGGAAACUAAAGGCAAAAAGAUAACCAUUAUUGAUAGGUUCUUUUUUCUAUAGCACUAAACAAGGUGUAUUUAUGCUAAUGUCCGGAAACGAUGAAAAUCCUUUGAAAAGAGUUAAGUGUAUGCUUGACUCGAAUUAUAUUGCCCGUUAUUUUUUUGAUGGAGCUCGUCUAACAAGAAAUUCUUAUGUUCAAAAAAUUUAAAUAAAGUUUAAAAAAUGUAAAAAUUCACGUAUCAAGAUUUGUUAUAUCACAAAUGUUACAUUUUACUUAUCAAGUGGGUCCUUAAUAUAAACUUGCAUCAAAAAUGACUUUAUUUUUCAUUGAUACAUUGCUUACAGUUCAAUUUAGGUAUCAACCCUUCUAAGGCAUUAAACAAUCAGCUUUAAAAAAAUAAAUUCAGUAACAUUCUGGCAUACCCUCUGGAUGUAUUUAUGUAUGAAUCAAAUUCUGACCAGGUAGUUGACUAUUCUGCAGUUUGGAAAAGUGGCAUAUGUAUAGAUGUCCUGUAUAUUGCAACAUAAUAAAAGGCAAACAUUUUCCUUGCUCAACAUGCGGAAUAAUCAGAAAUGCUGAUUGCUUAAACGAUUGGAAUUUACGCACACUUACAUAGAUAGAUAAGAAACAGAAGGUGAUCAAUCAGAACAAUCAGCUCAUUUACAACAACACUUAAAAAAAAUGUUUUAUUCUUUAUAUACAAAAAAGGUCUUGUCACGGAAUUUGGCGGUAUGUAUCAAUAUCAGACGAUAUAAGUAAACUGAUCAACCAAGUUUAGCAUCGGCGGAGCUAAUUUUUCCCAACUGCGUUAGGAGCGUUGUUUUCAUUCACUUUCUUGAAAUACACUAUUAAAUUUAGCAUAAACUUCCGAGAUUAACCACCAAUUGUAUUUCCAGGCAUUGCUAUAUUUCAUAUCGAAGACCAACAAAAGUUGAACUUAAAUCGCGCGAAAAGUUAGUUGUACACAAAGGUCCGCUCACAGAGGUAUAUUGAAUGUAUAAUAUGUGUGAGGCAUAUGGAAGUGAUACCGGCUGUGUUACGCCAAAAUUGAUGCAUUAUCAUUUAUUUACAACAAAGAAUUUCUGACUAUCAAAUACAAUUGUUCAAACAAAUCCAUGAUAUUAUGUUGCCUAGCCAUGCGCUGAACUGAUCUGGUCCAUUCAUUCUUGGAAAGAACCUUAUACUUCAUAGUUUUUUGGUGCUAAUAUACAGUAUGAUACUAUAUGCUAUUGAUGAUGAUGAUUUUCAUAUUUCAUCCAUUUAUUUUGGUUUAUUGAUAGCGAGAAGCCUGCUGGGUAUUGUGCAAGCAUCAAUGCAACUUCGACCAGAUUUAUAAAAACAGUACUGUAUCAAAACUUACUUCUAUUUUUUUGCCGUAAUGGCAGGAGAAGAGAUGACAUCCAUCGAGCAUCUUCGUGUCUCAUGUACUUUGUGUUUCAUAGUAUAUGAACCUAUACUAUUUUUUUUUCAGCCUCAAAUACGUGAAUUUUUUUUUAUAGUUAUUUAUUCGAAAGGCGGCUUUAAAGCUUUGUCCAUUCUCUUGCCUCGCUUGCCAAGUGAAUCAUUGCCCUCGUGACCUAUUUCCCUCCGCGCAAAAGACAUUGGACAGUGUGAGAAUAUUAAGGGGCCGCCCUUAGAGCCCUGAUUUACGGUAGGGAAUUAAGAGACCGCUCCCACAUCGUUUCUCUUCUAAUUCGAUUUAUUUUUUCUACAUGAUGCAUCAUUUAUAAAAUUGAGAUUAUGCAUUUUAAACGUACUAAUAGCGAUACCUUAUUUUAUUAUUGAAAAAGUUUCGUUUCAAAGCAGGUAGCGUUGGUCGGAGGUAUUCAUAACAUUCUUCUUUAAUUCUAGAAUUGUAUUCGUCCAUUAAACUCUUCUUUGCUAUAUUGAACGACGAAGUAAAAAAACACAGCAGAAUUGAGUGAUUGACUGAUUCUUUAUUAAUUUAUGAGACCUCGAUUAAGAGGUAUAGAACAUAGAACAUGUCAUUUAAUAUAAAAUAAUAGUAGAAUAAUUAUAUACAGAGACACUAUGUAACAUUACAGAAAAUUAAACACAUAUAGAAUCACACACACAGACACACUUAUAUAAUUAAUUAUAAAGAAAAGGAGUAAAGUAAAAUCAAAAUUGGCAUUGUCAUCCGAAUGUUCAUUUAUCGUAUUGUAAGUAGGCUUUGCUCAAUGAACUUUUUUUUAAAAAUUUUCUUUCUUAUCAGAUCCCGUCUUCAAACUCGGUAUUAGUUUAAACUUGCUGGUAGUUUAUUAUAGAUAGGUAUUUGUCUUGGACUUUCUUCUGUUUUGGUUAGCGCGUUUGGGUUCUAGUCCUUUUCUGAAAGAUCUGCUUUGAAUCAAUGGUUUUGUCUGAGUAUAUGUUCUCCUUGGAGAUCUGUUAAAUAUUUAAGUAUUAAAGAGCUGAUUUCAAGUCAAAAAUUGAAUACCUCGACCAAAUCUAAUCCAAUUGAAAAUCAUUUAUUUGAACGGAGGCGUUGAUUAAAAGAUACAAGAAUCAUAAUAAUUAGAAUAAUUUUUUUAUCUGAUUUUCAACAAGUGCGUACUUGAAUUUAUGAGUGAUUCACCAUGUAUAUGACGUUUUAACGUACAUUUUUAAACUAACUUUUUAACUUGAUUACCUUUACAAGUUAUGUUCUGUGAAUUUUAGUGAUUUUAAGAGAUAUGUUGUAUAUUAUAUAAAAGUUAUAUAUUAGAGAAUUUAGAGAAUUUCUUUCUGUAAUUCUUUAGUAGAAACCGAAUGCACAAAUUAGAAGCGUACUAGAUGCGUUAAAAACGGUCUUGAUUUUCAACUUUUCAGUGAAGAUAUGCUACAAUUAACAACAUGCACGGGACAUACUUUUUUUUCAGCAUAAUGUCGAUUAUUCUGCAAUUGGCGUGGAUGUUAAGAAAAGUGGAGUAGGCAUGUAAAACUUGUCAUUAAUAUUUUUUGAUAUUUUUGAUGUGAAGGAAAAAUAAUUACUGUUGGUUGUUGGUUUAGCUGAGUUACGAAUCACUUAUUUUAAAAUUUAAUCAGUAUAAAAGUUAAUCCACUCUAAAUAUAAAUCUAUAGUCCAUUUUUUUAACAGUAACGUUGAAUACGCGAACAAUAGACACGUUUAUCUAAAAUGCAUAUUAUCAUAUCCGUCGGAAAAGUCUUAUUGCGACCAAAUCAUUGUAUGAUGUCAUUUUUCAAAGAUAAAUUUGGAAUUUUUAUAAAGCUUAUGUGUUACUGAAAAGAGAAAAUCGGACCAAAGAUGCCGAAAAUAACACACGCAUAAUUUACCAAGCAUUUCCUUUUGCUAUUAAUUUUUUUCUUAAAUGUGCCAAUUUUAGAAAUGCAGAAUAUCAACGUACGAUCAAAAUGCGUUGUCAAAAAAUGAAAGAAUGUUUUUCUUGAAAGGAUUGUCAGUGCGUGUGAUAAUUUUACUAGGAAAAAGAGUUUUAUAUUUUCGUAUUGGGAUAAUUAAUUUUGACAUAAUUUUAAUGAUCAGCGUGGAAAUGUUAUCGGAAUAAAUGAUAGCACUAUAAUAGGGUGUAUCUUACAUAGAGUUCUGUAUUUCUAUAAUUAACGACAUUUAUGAUUUUAGGGGUUUGAAGGAAAAGCUAGACCUUGGAUUGCAAUGAAUAUUGACAUUGUACAAAGUGACUUUUUCGAACCUUAACCUAAUUUAUUUUGACAAUUUAUAGCAGAUAGAUAUUUGAAUAGAAAAAGCCGUAUAUUCCAGCUAGUAUUAUACCAUAGUAAAUUAUAAAUUAUAAAAUUACGCUCAAUAUGUUUUUCCAAUCAUACUUUAUAAUUGUGGUUAUUAAAUACGACCAGAUUGAUUGAUGUAGUGGUUUCAGAUGAUAUUAUAAAUCGAUUAACGUUCGAAGUUGUUUACUUUGUAUAAAACCCUAGUACUUUGUUUUUUGUAUUUGUAGAUUAACGUUGUUUUCUCUUCACAAAUAUUAGUUAAACUCUCAGAUACAAAGUAGGACCAAUAACAUACAACGCAAUACAACUGAGAAAAAGUGAAAAGUGCAGAUGUUACAAAAGGGAUUUUGACAAGUUCAUUACACAAAAGCACAAUUUUUUGGUUUUAUAUAAGAUUUUGUAUGUAGGUAUGGCUCAAUAAAAUAUGUUGGCUUUUGCUUCUACAGUAUCUGAAGAAACUACACAUGAGGUUCAGUAAAUGAUUUUGUGGAAGUACCACAGUUUUCUAUAUUAUUUUCAUCAUGUUUUGUGUAUUUUGGGAACAAGUCUGAUUUCAGGCAUAAACAUUUCAGAUUUAUUUCUCCUCUAACAUCCUAUGAACUUAUUUUGUAUAAAGUUAUUCUGCAUAUUUGUAUGUUAACUUCCGUUACUAGGACGUCACCAAAAAUCAACCCAACAUGGAUAUUUUCCUCAGAUUCUGUAGCUAACAUAAAGACGCGUACCGCACUAAAAUGCUAAAUUAUACUAAUACAUAUGGAAAAAGCGUACAUAAGAAUGUAGGUAUUAUUUCAGAAUGGCGAUAAAAAUAAAAAUUUCGGAUUAAUGUGUGAUGUGACAGUCUAUAUCGUGAAUAAUCUAAAACUACUUGAAAUUCAAAGCAAAUUACUACUACCAGUAGUUCGUCUCAGAUUCUUAAUAGCUUGUCAAUUUUCCUCAUAUUCAAUGUGGUUUGACCAGGCUGUAUGAAAUCAACGCUAGCCAAUUUUAACAAAAAUUAAUGAAAUGUACAGUCUGGCGAGAACAUAUAUAUGCUUUUUCAAUCAAUGAUGUAGGUUGCAUUUACGUUUCCUUCUAAAUCAGAAUUGCUGAUUGAUCUGUAGGAUGCCAAUAAUGACGACACGUCUUUGAAGGGGCUUUUUAUCAUUCUGCUAUGAUUCUAAAUAUGAAUGCUCUGAGUAAAUAUUAAGUUUUCCAUUCUGGAUUUUAGAACAAAUCAAGGAAAAAUUUUCACAAUCAGACAAAUUCAAACUUGGAAAACAAACACUCUUAAUUUUGCUUGUCCUGCCGUGCAUUGGAUACCUCUUUUUAUUCUUAAAUGAAACCGCAUAAAUUAUAUAAUAUUAUAUAGAUGGUUACUAUCAUUAAAAGUGGUUCCAGGAAUCCUCAAAUUUUCUGACUGAAAUGGUCUCCAAAACGUUUUUCAUGCACAGUUUUUAAUAUCGGCCCUACACCAAAAUUUGCAAUAUCUGACAAGAUGCACCGAUACCAAUAUUGCUUACCGUUGGCACAUGGUAAACUCAUAGUAAACUAUCAAAAUAUUUCUCUCAUGUGCUUACUGCAAUCGCGAGAGCGAUGUAAUUGGUCUACUGUAGCGUUUUAAUACAAAACGUACGGGAAGCAUUUCACCGGUUUGUAUGCUCUGUUGAACCAAAUAUUUCUAUGGGAAUCCAUAAACUUUGACUGCAAUGUUUCUUAUCGAUUUCAAUUGUGAUUAAAAAUGCUUAUUCUUCGAAUAUCUGUGACGUCAUCUUUUGGCACUCUACAGGAAAUUGUCUUUGCGUAAAUGUAGCACUAGUGAAUCUCCUCACAUUGCAAAGUACAAAAAUAACUAAAAUGUGUUUCAACAUGAAUACUUGUAGGAACCUUACAAAAUAAUUUCGAUUUGAUUUGUUACUGUUGCGGUUUCGUUCGACGUGAGUGGGGAGCAAGGCUGAAUAUAUAGAGGGUGUCUAAUAGGGGGGUCGAAUUACACGUAGCCAGAGGUAGCGCUUGGUUCUUACCCUAGGAAUAUUGUGUAUUGAGGUUGAAAUAAACAGUGCAGAUUUUGAAGGUUAUAUUUUUAGCAAAAACAACUUGAAAUCGUAUUAAAAAAAUAACUUGCUCAUAAAUGGAGACAAGAACUUUAUUGUGUUUUCUUAUGUUUACCAAAAUGGUAUGCCAUUCACUUGCAAUGCUAAUACUUGAACAAAAUGUAAUUUUUGAUAUUUUUCGAGUUAAACGCAGUACAACACAGUAUUAAGUCCGUGCAUGUUAACAAUGGCCGUGUCGAGAAAGGCAGGUUAUCUGCUAUAGUCAUUACGUCAGUAAUGAAUUUCAGGUUCUUUGCAUGUGGUAUCUCUAAUAUUUGCAUCUCUCUGUUGCUUCCGUCUUGAAGGUAAAACGUGAACAAGUGGAGUUUUGGCGUUUGGACGAGUUGCAAGUAGAAAUGUUGGUUAAUACCAAAUAAAUUAUCGAAGCAUGGCGUGGCGAGUGAAAACCAUUAGGUACAUUAGAUAAUUGAAUUGAAAUAAAUCAUGCGGCAUUUUUCACGUCUAUGCAUUUACACCCUAAGAAGCUCUACGCGCACUUCGUCUCCGAAAGCCACGUCCUCCUUACUGACAUACGACAUACGAGUACGUAUGACCUUAGACAAUUUACUCUCCUGUUUCCUGUUUUAUUGGAUAGCGCUAGUCAGCGUCAUGGAAUGAAUAGAAUCGUGUGAACAGUCCAGGACCCUGGCUAGUUCACGUUUCACUACCUACCCCAGCUUACAGUCACGAAAGCAACAUUGAAAGCGUAACGCUGUCGUCUUCUUGCCUCGUGAGAACGUUGCAUUGAAUUGAUGAGUUACUUGUGUAGCUUUCCUUUCAUUGCGACUGAUUGGUGUUUUUAUGUCAAAAUAUCUUGACUCUUUCUGACGGAAAGCACAUGAAAUUCGUCUUGAAUAUGUUCAUGUUGCUAUGAAUCACACACAUUUUUGUGGGAUCUUGAGAUAUAUCUUGAAGCAAAUUUCUCUAACAUGAAUACUACAGUUAACACAAUCCAUGAGUUCAGACCUUAGAUACAGUAAACAAUCUUUUACCAGAAGAAUUCAAUCUGACGACGCACUUUGAUACCUCAUUUUAAUUUGAAAUUGGGAAAGUGCUAUGGAUAUUUCUUCAAAUUCUGCACAUUAGAUAUAACUUUAAACAUGUGGUUCCUUGGAAUAGCGCCAAAUGGAACCUCUGUUUUGGUUUAAUUCGACCCAUGUCUAAUACCAAAAAUGUUACAGUUACUAAUGUGAUCUAAUUUCUAUAAGAUUCUAUAAUAUUUUAUACAAGGCGGAUCAAUUCUAAGUUAAUAGUGGUAUUCCUUGCAAUUCAAUCUUAUGUCUACCAAGAGAGCUAAAAUACCACAAGAUCUUUCUCAGAAUAUUUUUGCUACCUUAAAGAAGAUGCAAGAAACACUCUGAUGGUAGACUUGUGUGGUGUUAGUACAGGAUUGCAAUUAGGAUAUUUUGUAUCUCAUUAUCAGUAUGAAUUUGCUGCCGACUUAGCGUUGAGCCUCCUUGUAUAUCCACGAUCAAUUUGUAUGUUUUCCUUUCUGUUCAGUGGUUUUAUACACUCUAAAAAAUAUUUUAUGUCCCUUUCAGGAUGUCACUAGUUAUUGCCUAAUUUCUGUAUAUAUAUUUAUAUGUUAUUUUGUUUUUAUUUUGUUUUAAAUUCUAUAUUAUAAAUGUUGAAUGGAAAAUGGUGCAAUAUUUUUAUUGUGUAUGUAGCAGUAAAUCUCGCCGGUAGACAAAAGUUUGGUUCAUGAUAGUCACCGCAAAAAUAGUGUUCAAGAUUAUCUGUAAUCUGUAAGCAGUCAAGUACUGCAAGUCCAAACGCGGGAAUUUUUGUGAACUAAAAUUUGAUGAUCUAUGAUCUGAUAAAUAUUCGGGAAAUUGGUUUAUCUUCUAGGAUGCUAGAUAUUACACACUAUAUCAAUCUUAAUUCGAAAAAAAAAAAUAGAAAACAAGAUUUGGGUGUGACAUUCAAACAUUGAAGUUACUGAAUAUUUUUUAUAAUACAGGAAUGUAUUUUUUUUAGAAAUUAAAUCAAUAGUGGGUGUAGUAGUGAAUCCGGAAAUUUAAUGAAUUUUCUUAAUAAAUAUAUUUCUGUUAAGGUUGCCCAUGAUUGCCGAAUACUGGAUAUUGAUUUUCCAUAUGUAGGCUCGACAUUUUUAUAAUAUGCUCCAAGAGGUGUUAGACCAAUAGUUGAUUGUGUUAAAAAAUAAGGGUUGAUUGAACCAAAAUAUAGGGUACUAGGAGAUAAAAAAUGUUCCUGUUAUUUCUCAGACUGUAAGGAGUGUCUGCUAAUAUAUGGGACCCAGGAAAAACUCAGAUUUUAUCUCGAUAUAAAGAAGCGUCAACCGGUCUUAAAUAAGUGAAAGUUUAGUUUUAACAUAUCGUACUCAAAAUUAUAUGACGAAAAUUGAUAUAUUUUUUCAGCAUUUAAUUCGUAUAUAGAAUAAUUUUAUCCUAAUUUUCUAUGAAAGGUAAUCUGUAGUUUUUACUGUAUACCAGUCCUUUGCAGACAACCUGUAUAUUCCUGAAAACAUAUUUUUGAAACCGGUGAACAAACUUUUUUAUCUGUUUUUUUCUUAAACUUUGUCUUACACUUAUAGAAACAUAAUCCCAAAUAGCUGUAUGUAUAUAUUUGUCGUGAACUUAUAAAAUAAUUAGGCCAAUCAAAAGAAACUUGAACUUGAAAAGAUUGUAAAAAUCUGUUGGAGUUUAUACAGUAAAUCUUCUAUGAUGUA